AAUCCUGCUAGUGUGCUGUGAAUGUGAAGCAGGAGGGACUGGCAGUUUGUGUGCAGGAGAGAAAGCAACUCAGUCCAGGGCCCCUGAAUUAGCAGACUAAGGAAAGGAGAGAAAAAAAAAUACAGCUGAAAAACUAAGGCAUAUAUCUCCACCAAGAUUUCAAGGAGGAAAGCCUGCCUGGCUGGACUGCAAGGAGGUACCUACACGCACACGGAAACAUUCCCCCGGACUGGUGACACAGUUGUUCAGCCUCACUCUUGCUGAGAAGGUUUCCACACAACACUGCAAGAAUGAAUUUCCUCCGGCGGCGUCUCUCGGACAGUAGUUUCGUGGCAAAUUUGCCCAAUGGGUACAUGAUGGACUUGCAGCGCCCCGACAACUCCACAAGCUCCCCGGUUUCUCCUGCCAUGGAGAGAAAGCACCCGCAACCACCGCAGCCUGCACACUCCUCCUCUACUGGCGCCAGCAUCUUCAGCUCCAUCUCCAGCGCCAUGAAGCAAACCACACAAGCGGCUGCAGGACUGAUUGAUCACUCAGCCAGCCCCACACCACCUGUGGCCCAGAAACCCAAGAUUCUCCUGGUGAUUGAUGAUGCACACACAGAGUGGGCCAAAUAUUUCCAGGGGAAGAAGGUGAAUGGAGAAUUUGAUAUCCGAGUGGAACAGGGUGAGUUCUCCGAGCUGAACCUGGCUGCUUAUGUCACGGGCGGCUGCAUGGUGGACAUGCAGGUCAUGAGGAAUGGCACCAAGGUGGUAAGGUCCUUCAAGCCGGACUUUGUCCUGAUUCGGCAGCACGCCUAUAGCAUGGCACUGGGAGAGGACUUCCGCAGCCUCAUCAUUGGCCUCCAGUACGGUGGCAUCCACACAGUCAACUCCCUCUACUCCAUCUACAACUUCUGCAGCAAGCCCUGGGUGUUCUCUCAGCUCAUCAAAAUCUUCAACUCGCUGGGUCCUGAGAAGUUUCCCCUUGUGGAUCAAACAUUCUUUCCAAGCCAUAAGCAGAUGCUCACAACUCCGAACUUCCCUGUAGUGGUCAAGCUGGGACAUGCUCAUGCUGGAAUGGGAAAGGUCAAAGUUGAGAACCAGCACGACUUCCGGGACAUGGCCAGCAUAGUAGCCAUGGCAAAAACCUACGCCACCACUGAGCCGUUCAUUGACUCCAAGUAUGACAUCCGAAUCCAGAAAAUCGGCAGCAACUACAAGGCUUACAUGAGGACAUCCAUCUCUGGAAACUGGAAGGCAAACACAGGUUCUGCAAUGCUAGAACAGAUUGCAAUGACAGAGAGGUACAGGCUCUGGGCAGACGCCUGCGCGGAAAUGUUUGGAGGUCUUGACAUCUGUGCUGUCAAAGCUGUCCACAGCAAAGAUGGAAAAGACUAUAUCAUUGAGGUGAUGGACAGCUCGAUGCCCCUGAUUGGGGAGCAUGUAGAAGAGGACAGACAACUUAUAGCUGAUCUGGUUGUUUCCAAAAUGACUCAGCUUGUCAUCACUGCUGGAUCUACGCCAUCACCACUGAGGCCUUGGCCUCCACAAGUUCAGCCUGCACCAAUGAAAUCUCAGACUGGACCUCAGCUUGGACAACUGUCCCAACCACGGCCUCCUCCUCAAGGUGGCCCCCGCCAGCCUCAGGGAUCUCAGCCUCCACGGACAAACGCACCUCCACAGCAGCGGCUCUCUCCUCAAGGACAGCAGCCUCAGAGCCCCCAGUCCACUUCUCCUCAGCAGCAAAGGUCACCUGGAUCUCCACAACAAGUCCGAUCAGCAACUGGGUCCUCUCCAGUCCAGGCUCCCAAGGCAGGCGCGUUCCCUCCGCAGCAGCCUAGACCUCCUGCUCAAGGGCGUGCUCCCAGCCAGCCAAGCCCCACUGAAACAUCCAAGCAGCAACCCACCCCUCAUCCACAUCUGAACAAAUCACAGUCGUUGACAAACACCUUCAGCAUAUCUGAAUCAUCUCAGCGGGGAAACACCAAUGAAGAUGAAGCAAAAGCCGAGACCAUCCGCAACCUGAGGAAAUCAUUUGCAAGCCUGUUUUCUGAUUAACAGCCCUGCAGCUGAUCUGUGCUUCUGCCAGCCCUCACUCUUCGUAUCAGCGUACCUGAUGUCAUCCUGUAAUACGCUCAAUGGUACCCAGCGAUUUACAACUAACACCUGGGUAAAUGGAAUUUGGAAAACUGUAUUUGUUUUAAUACAAAGGAAAUAUUCUAAUAAUAAUGGUCUGAAAAGUGACUGUGUAAAAGUGGCACUAUUUCAUUGGGGUUUUUGUGCAUAAUCAGAAUCACAUCUGUUCAAACGACCAAGUUGUAAAGCAAAUUUUACUCUUGCUAACCCCUCCAUCAUCAACACAGUUAUGACAGCGCAAAGUAGAUUUUACUUAGAUUUGUAGAUAGUCAGUACAAUUUGCUAACUCCCAAUAACUGAAAAAAUACUGGCUUACUUCAGAAACAGAUGUGCAAAAAUGGAGUCAAGAAUAAGUAUUCAUUGACUGAUGAAGUAAGCAUGCUUGAGCAUGGAGACAUAGUGAACUGUGAAACUUCAUAAUACCAACUUUAUAAAAAGUCACUUUUCAGAACAAAACAACAUUUCAAGUUAAAUACAGAACCAGGCAUCAUUAAGCGCCAAAGAUCACAUGAGCAGGUCAUCCAGAUGGACUGCUGGUUUGUUCCAGAUCAUUCUGCUCAUAACAGAUAAAACAUCUGUUUCAUGCCUUGCAUUCAUGUCCCCUGCACGUGAUGGCUGAGUUCUGAGAUAAAAAUGUCAUGUUCUAGCCCUGUAGCCCUAGCUCAAAAAUAACCUGAGAAAUGGGGCUUCAACACAAAAACCAACUUCUUCCCCUACCCUUAGAAACACCGGAAUUCACAUUCAGAGUUCACACAAAUUCCAGACAAAACCCAGCUAAAAUCCAAGCACUUUGGUGACUUGGUCACAUCUGGCUAAGUAUGUCCUCCAGGAAUAUGCUUAAUUAAUAGCAGAGCUGAUGAAGUGCACAUACUUGUGUGCUGAGUGUUCCAUAAUACCAAAUGCACAGAGAGAUGGAGUGAAAUCCUGUCUCCUUCCCUGAACUCCCAUUGACUUACUGGGGAGACUGCAAAAAUGAAUGCAAGGUGACAAACCUGCAACAGAACAGGCAAACUAUCCUUUCGAAAUAACAUGAGCUGGGGUUCAUCCAGAGACACCAAGCCAUGGGAGGGCAUGUUGGGAUUGCCCCAAGCAGGUAAUGAACAGUAUAAGUCCUCCCUGACCACCUCCAAGACUUAUUCUUCCAGAGAAGACAGAGAUGGAUCUUUGGCAAGUGUGCUUUUGUAAGAAUGAAGCUGCGUAUGAGCACAUAGAAUCAUGGGAUCAACUAGGUUGGAAGAGACCUUUAAGAUCAUAAAGUCCACCCUUUACUCCAGGACUGUCAAGUAUACUAGAACCAGGCCAAAAAAACCCAAGAAUGACACAAGCAUGACUGAAAAAAACCCACCCUGGGUAAAUCAAUAUACUUAUGGCAAUUUCUACCAGCUGAGAAAUUGCACAGCGCACAUCCCUUGCACUGUGCUUUAUUUGUAACACACCUAAUGCAGGUAGCAGCCCCCAUCCCACCUCCUCAAAUUUUCUUCAAGUUUUGCCCAGUACUUCAGUCACAAACCAUGCAUACAGCUUCAAAGCCAGACUUUAGGCUUUGCUCUUCCCUUAGCAACUUCACUUUGAUAACACUUCAGAAUGCUCCAGCAGGCAGGGACAUCAGUAAGUUAAAAACAUUUGAGCCAAUGGCACAGAUCUUUGCUGUCACUUAAACAGGGAGAUCCCCAAAGCAACAAAAGCAACAGCAGCAUUUGCCAUCUUGGAUCUUAUGAUUCACUGGUGGGAAUAAAGCCAAACAAGUAAUUCCUUCAUGCAUAGCACCUGUAACUAACAUCUAAAUCCAAUGCAGUCAUCUGGAACUUGUAUGACCUACCCCUGAGCAGGCCUUCACACAUAUAACGGCUUUUGUGACCGGUGACCACUUUCAGGCUAGUAACAGCAUAGGUUUUCCAGGUUGGAAGGCUCUCGGGAGACUCGUCUGGAUCAAUGAUUUAUACCUCAAGUUCAGUAUUACAGAACCACCUUGUUCCCUGAUUAUUUUUUCUUUUCCCCCCAGUUCUGUGUUGUCCUUCCAGGUUUGCUGUGCAGUUUACAAUGUAGAAUCAUAAAUACAUGUCAUUCAGAAAAAAACCAGACCCUGCUGUUUUGCAGUCUCCAGGAGCAAUAAAAGAGUGACAAAUGGCCUUGAGCAAGCACUGUCCCACUGGCAAAAACAAUAGCAGAUUAACCAGCUCCACUAUAUGCAGAGGAGAUAAUACAACCCUGGUGGGAGAGGAUUUCCUUCUGUAACACUUCCCUCAGCAUGAUUUAUGUAUUUUCCUACUAAACAGUCACCAGAGAUAAAGACAGAAAUAAAAGUUUACUACCAGAAUCCUCAAUUGCUCUAUCCCCUGGAUCUUUUUAUGUCUCUCUCACCAACACAACCUAUACAAAAAAUAAGUAACUAGUGACUAGUAUGGCACAGGCCCAUAAAUGGACUCUAGUUCAUCACCAAAACCACAACAGUUGGAUCAUUUGCUGAUGAUGCAUUUUAACACCGCAGGGCUGUGCUCCAAUGGACCACAGUAACAGGAUAGCACUGUUGACUUCAUACCCAGCAGUGGCUCAGACCUCUUAAUUUGCCUUCAGCUCCUAGCUGUCACCUUUCUAGGGACAAGCAAACAGGAUGGCAUCCCCCUCCUCCUAGCUCCAGCUUGCAAAAACAAGUGAGAGUAACAGGCACUCUCAGCUUAGCUUGGUUACUCCUACAGACCCUGAAAAGUAACUUCAGCUCUAGCCACAGAAAGUGCUUUAAUGAAAACAUCAUUUUGAUUUCAUCAUCCCAAAUCAAAAUGAUGAAACUCUAUACUGUGUUCUAUAAGUGUUCCAACAGUACACUUCAAUCUACAACUAUGAUGCUCACAUACUAGAUGUGUGGCUAGCAGGAGAUUCACAAAUGCAUCAUCAUGUAUUUGGGUUAUCACCUUUGAGGCAGGGUUCCUAUUCUAAAACCCCUACAGCCUAACGAAGCAAGAGAGAGAGGAAUACAAAGGGUAUAUUCCCCAUCUAUAUGAAUGGGGAACUAAAGUGUACCCAAGAGGUAUUCAGGUACUUAAACAUAACAGAUGGAGUUAGGGGCAGUAAGAAGGCAAGAGGAAAGUCAGUGAAUAGAAGUUACAUUUAAACCACAGGGCAGACAAUGCCCCACAGCAUGCCCUGGGAUCUUUCUCACACAGCUGUGAAAAUGGAACAUCUGGUCAGAGCUUCCCUUUUGUCCUGCAUGCCUUAAUUUUCUUCACCUGGGAGCCAGGAAACAUGAAUAAUUUGUCUGGAUCCAGCCCAAGGAGCUAGAUCCACCUGGAAAAGCAGUUUCUAUUUUGCUGUUUAGAUACAGCCUGAGAAACAUCUUAACUUUCUUUUAAUACCAAGGUGGCAUUUCAAGAGGAAUGUCACAUAUUCUCAUCCAACUACAAGUCUUGCAUAAAGCCAAGGUUCAGAAGAACAGCAGUCCUGCUCAUAACUGCAGUGGUAUUUUCCCCUUUCACUAUUGACAGGCAGGUAUGCAAGACCUUACCCCCUCCAUAAGACCCAGUUAUAUCUUCUGGUUGGUUUAAGUUUCAUGAAUAAGAUAAAAAAUAAAUAGAAAAGCCAAGGACUAUAGUUCCUUAUUUCCAAAUGACUGUUAGCAGCAACCUUAACAGUGCUGGAUACAGGUGAACAGUACACAUAAGAAACACCCACCUUCUGGCAUGUCACCUUUUGUGAUUUCUCAAACAGCAAUGACAUGCAUACCUGACUUAGGAGCUGGCGAAUAAACAAAAUAACAGCUAGUUUUCAAGUAUUUCCUGCAUUUAGUGUUCUAAUUUUAUACUGUUGGUCCCAAGACAUUCACUUUAUAUUUCAUAUCCUGUUUUAGGAAUAAAGGGAACACCUCUUUAGGGAUCUUGACAGCUUAGAAUAAGUCACAUCCCUUUAUCUUUGGCCCACAAUACCCUUACUACAAUGUGAAACAACAAUGAAGAAAGGGAAGGAAUAUCUUCAGGUCACUUAGUGGCAUAUCUUUAAAAAGGUUAAGUUCAUUUCUUCAAAAACAAACAUUCAAAUGACAAAAUCCAGGAUAAAUAGAACCUGGGGCAUCAGCCUGGCAGAAGUAUGAUGAUGCCUUCAUGGCAGAGAGGGCCCAAUUACAGAGCAGCAUAGGGCGCACUAGCAGAGCAAGCAAUGCAAUUGUCAUCAAGGCAUCGGUACUGUCAGUACCACUGGCAUCACAAAAUUAACGUAUCACACACACACACAGAGAUCAUUGUUCCCAGAAAUUGCUUGAAAAAAGUGAAGAGCAAGUUACAAAUUGUUUUAUCCCUUAAAGCUGUAUAACCUUAUCUGAAUAUUAUGUACACAUUUCUGAAGCACUCACCACAAGGACAAACGGUGCAAAACCAAUGCAGCAUAGAUUUCCCUUUUCCUUUUUAUAGUCAGUGGCAUAUAAAGAAUCACUGCAAGCUCUAAGAGGCCUGACUAUACACUUCAGUUCAGCAAAAAUUCCAUUGGAAUAAGGCAAUUCAACCACUGCAGGCAAAUGCUAAAAAGUAAAGCUGAUCUUGGUACUGAAGGGAAACCAGCAUCCCCAGAUUCUUAGGUGCUUAAUUAUGGCAGGAAUUGCACUGAUAUGCCGCUGCUGUGAAGUGGAAAAGGGAAGAAAGAAGCAAUACAACUUUUGACAGCAAAAUAAGGUAUUAUAUUUUACUUCCACUGGAGUUAAUGGCAAAACUUCCUGGCCCUACUGAAGUCAGCUGAUUUUAUACAAAACAAGAUGAUGAAUCACUAAAAUAUCACCUAAAAAAGCACAUAAGUAUUACCCAUUAAAUAGCUUGUAUUUAACAGGAAGUGUCAUUCCAUUUUCACUAUUGGAAUUUCAAAAAUAUUUUAGAAAACAGUAUCAGCUGUCACAACAGUCAUCAGUACAAUUUACAUUUACAGGAACACUGAGGUCAAUCCAUCUUAAAAAAAAAAUUAUGUAAGAAAUGAGAAGUUCUAGCAAAGUUUAGUCAUUCCAGUCUGCCUUUAAUUGAGCUCCAGCAUCAGCGUGCAGAUCUGAUCAGGCAACUUUAACAGUGGUCUUGUUAGUUGCUCAUUAGUUAAUAAGACAACACUUGAAAGGUGCUCAUAAAUCGCUACAACACAUUUCCUCUUGGCAAGAUAUAUUUUGAUACUUAAGUAACAGAAUUAAAUGGCAUUUGCUGCAGUAAAGUGAGAAUUAAUUCCACUUCUGCUGGGAUCCCAUUUCCACUGCAACCAGGUCAACCUAUUCAAUUCCUUAAGUUAGGCAGGAGGAAAGAUUUAUUUCUGCACCAGUUUCAGUUCACACACAGUAAGUGCAACCAUGUAUUACAGCUCCUUAUUUGUAAAGUCAAGGAAGAAGACAAAAGUUUUGCUGCUGGUUCUUUGUAAAAUUGCUCUGCUUCUGUUCAGACUUCUGAGUUGCACUGUAGCAUGACUUUACUCAGUUGUUUGUAAAACAAACUGAUUUGUGUUCUAAUAUUUCCAUUGUAAAGAAAACCCCAUCCUUGUAUUCUUUGUGUAUUAAGUAACAAUACAAAAAUGCUUUUUACCUAAUAAAACAUUAAA